AUGUUUCACGUCUUACUUUUCCAAAUAGACGAGGAGCGUGAUAUUGGAAAUAACCCUUUACACAUUAAGUUUUAUCAAAGUGUACUCUCUAGAGGUUUUGAAACAGAUAACAGUGUAAGGGUGAACGUAGUUGGAAACUUUGCACAAGGGAAAACCUCCUUAACACAAUCACUUAUUGGAAAGACGUGUCGGACUGUUCAAAGUACAAAUGGAGUAGACAUAAAUCACUGCAAAUAUUUUGAAGUAAAUGGUGAUGUGAUGUUAUUCCAAACAACAACGCCACAUGAUAUGGACAUUAUCGGUCGCAUUGCUGAAGUCGCUAAGAAUGAGGAGCCAACAGAGAAUACUGGACGUUCUUUAGAACGCGCAUCACAGUCUGAAAAUAAAGAAGUUAUUGACAGUGCAUCACGAAUUUUGUAUAGAAAAACACAAGCGGAAAGCACGGAUAAUACUAGAAAAAAUACAAAAUCGUCUUUGACACCAGAAGAAGCACAGAAAUUUUUGACUCUCCUGACAUCUAGACAAUUUGCGCGCGGUGUAGAUGGAAAUUUUGAUAUAUGGGAUUUUGGUGGCCAGUUUGUCUUCUAUGCUACUCACACCAUAUUCCACAGCAAUCGUGCUGUGUAUUUAUUGGUUUUUGACUUAUCAAAACCAUUGUCGAUGGUCGUAUUAGAUACUGAAUAUCCUAUGGAAACAGAUUUUGUUGUCAAUAGCACUGAUCCCGACGAUAAGGAAAUUAAAGAACUGCGAAAGGCAAUAAUACAUAUUAGAGAACAUUCUAAACUCAAAGUUCCUGCAAGAUGGAUUGCUCUUGAAAAAGAAUUAGUACAGAUAAGAUACAAGAAGAUAAUUCCAUUUAGCAAAGUGGUUGAAAUCGAUUCACAAAAUGACUUUCCGCUAAAGGAAGAAGAAGAAAUCAAGUUGUUCCUACUAUAUCACCAUAGGAAAGGCACAUUGUUUUUCUUUGACGAAGAACCAAUAUCACGAUACGUUGUACUUGAUACACAAUUUCUCAUUGAUGCGUUCAGGUGUAUUGUGACAUCAGAGAGAUUUUUCAGAAAAGAACCACAAUAUCGCAGCCUUUGGAAGCUUUUACAAAACGAAGCAAAACUGACAAAAGAGCUAAUUGAGAAAUGUUUUGAUUCCAAUAGUGAGUUAUCCAAAUUUAAGAAUGAAAUUUUGAUGUUUAUGCAGAGGCAUUAUAUUAUAUCUGAAGUUUCAGGUUUCGACGAGAAAACUGGGAAAUGUCAUCCUCUCGGAUGGUAUAUUGUCCCUAUUUUUCUACGGAACCACAGUGAUAACAAGACACUUAAAGAGUUCCUUACAGGAAAGAAGCAGACAUCGUUAAGGUUUCUGAUGGCAUUUCAAUACUCCCCUGUUGUACAAAUUGUAUACUGUCGUCUUAUUGCCGCUAUGGUAGCAAGGUGGCCAGUUGUCCAAAUAGGAGUAUCAAAACAAAGAAAGGAAUUCAUGCUGUAUGAAAAUUUAGGAAUCUUUAGAUUGGACAGCCAAAAUGCUGGAGCUGUUGAACUACAACAGAACAGAAUUGGGAUGCGUGUCAUUAGCCUUUGCACAUCUCGAAAUGUUAACAACAUUACAGCAGACAAGUUCAGACGCUUUGCAGAGUCAGUGGUCAUCAGUGAAUUCAAUAAACUGCGGGAUUCAUCCACACUUCAAGGUAAGCCGUUCCAGACAUGUUUUAGCUGCAACAAUGAAAGUCAUGGUCUAAAUGGAAGUCAGGAAAUCUUGCAUUUGGAAAACCUUAAAGGUAAAAGCAUUGAACCCUGCCUUGAUAUGCCACUCAAUCACGAAAUACACGCUCAGCAGGCACUUUCCGAAUGGUUUGAAGAAAUUUCUACGAUAGGGCUUACAGACGACUGUCAGUUUAAUGAGAAACAAUUGAGCAAAAUAGCACAAUCAAUUGGUAGUAACUGGGAACUCCUUGGAAGUGAACUUGGUUUGAGCAUUGCCGAAAUCAAUCAAAUAUCAAUGGACCAUGACACUUGCAGUGUCAGGAUCUACAAAAUGUUGUUGAAAUGGAAAGAUAAGCAGCAAGAAAAUGCCACAGUCAAUACUCUUUUACAAGCUAUGAAAUCAACGAAGUCACUUAUCAUUGAAUGGGAUGAAGUGAUGAACAUUGUUGAGCAAAUUGCAUCUACACAAGAUAAACAAUCACAUAUCUCUGAAU